AACAAAAUAUCACCAAGUAGAAACUGAUAUGAUUCUCUUCUCCCUUUUUCUCGUUCCCACAGAACAAACAAACAAACAAAAAAUGGUAUGGUAAAGCUGUGUGGAGACACAAAUAAACACUUGUCAGGUCAGGGUUCCAAUAAUCACAUAUAAAAAUAUAUAGAUUUAUUAGUAUAAUUGAGUAAACAGCUUCUGAGAAUUCUGAGCAAAGUUUCGGAUCAAAUUCUUGUUUGUUGAGGUGAAGCCCAGCAGACCCUCCUGAACCAGAGGUGACAGAUCAGAUUUUGAUGGAGAUUGGUGGUCUGGUCUGGGAGGAAGAUUCCUGAAUUUUAGAGCUUCAGGAUAAUCUAAUAAUGGGUUGUUGUCAGAAUACUGAUGCAAGAUUUCGUGUUUUCUCUUCGCUUUUUUUUAAGUGAUGAAGUAUAUAAAGAUAUUUUUUUUUUGCAUCAAUUGGUUAGUGGAAUUUGAUUAAAUUUUGAGGUUUCUUAUUGUUUGAAGCAGUUAACAAGUAAAUAAGUUGUGGAUAUUUGAUAAAUUUUUACUUAGUGAUGGAGGAACAAAGAGUUUAUAGCAAAAGGGCACCUGAAAAUUUAGCUAACAAUUUGAAGGUAGAAGAGGAUGAAGAAGAGUUUCGAAGCUGUUGUGAAGAUGAAGAUGAAUUGAGGGAGAGGGAGAACUCGGUAAAGGAGGUUUCUGAAACCAUUGAUCUUGAUGAAUAUUCUGUGAGAAUGUAUUUCAAGGGUAUAUCAGUUGCUGCUCCUGGAGAAUCUGGUUCUGGAUUUUCUGGAAUUGGGGUGGUUAUGGAGAGGUCUGCAAAUGCUGCUCCUAUUCAAGUGCAGAAAAAGCUUGAUUUUUAUGUUGCAGAAUCUGUGGCCAAUUAUUUAGCUUUAAUGGAUGGUUUAGUAGAAGCUAAAGAGAACAAGAUUAGGAAGGUAUUUGCCUUCACAGAUUCCAAGAUUCUUCAUGAUCAGGUUAUGCAUGGUGAGAGACUUGAGGAUCCACUUCUAAUGGCACUGAAGCAAAGGAUCCUGGAACACACCUGUGAUUUGGAAGCAUUCACACUUGAUUUUGUUCCCAGAAUUAACAUUAAUGCUUUAGGAUUAGCCCAAGUAGCUGUUGGUGUUAUUGCUUUUCCUGCUGAGGGUAACCAAUCGACACAGAGUUGCUCAAUAUGUUGUGACGAGAAGCUUGCUUCGAUGAUGAUGACAAUGAAAUGUUCCCACAAAUUCUGUUCUCACUGCAUGAAACAAUAUGUUGAGGAUAAGAUACAAUUUAGUCAAGUCCCAGUUAGAUGUCCUCAACUGAAAUGCAAAUACUACCUUUCUGCUACUGAAUGUAAAACUUUUCUGCCUGUCAUCUCCUAUCAAUCUUUGGAGAAAGCUCUUGCAGAUGCAAAUAUUCUGAACUCCGAUAGCAUGUAUUGCCCUUAUCCUAAUUGUUCAGUCCUACUUGAUCCUAAUGAAUGCUCGUCAUCUAGGGCAAGUUCAUCAAGUAACUCAGAGAACAGUUGUGUGGAAUGCCCCGUUUGUCAGAGGUUUAUCUGUGUGGAUUGUGGGGUCCCUUGGCAUUCGUCAACAACCUGUGAAGAGUAUCAGAGUCUUCCACUGGAAGAGAGGGAUGCAAGUGAUAUCACUUUAUGUCAUCCGGCUCAGAAUAAGAGGUGGAGACGCUGCGGACAGUGUCAUAGGAUGAUUGAGCUCACCGUAUGAGGGCGCUACCGUAUGAGAUGUUGGUGUGGGCAUGAGUUCUGUUAUUCAUGUGGUUCCAAUUACUGUCAUGGACAGCAAACAUGUCAAUGUACAUUUUGGGAUGAAGAUUAUUCUGAAGAUUUGGUAAAUCAUCCACCACAAGAAUUCGAACAAUGGGCUUGGGACUCAUUUGAGCCACUGCCAUUGAUGAUGGAUGCAUACUCAGAUCAAGAGAGAUCACAGCUGGCACUGAUUCAGAGGUUUCUCGCUGGAGGUUUUAGUCUAACUGAUUCCCAACCUGACCAAUCCCCACCGCGCUGUACAGAUACCUAUGCUGAAACCAUGAAGAAUCUCCAUCAGCUUCCAUGGCUUGAAAGAUUUGUUUCUGUCAUAAGUGAUGAUUUCUAUGAAGACUAUUUCCAAUGAAAUAUUGGAAUAUAGCAUAUUAAACUGCUCUGCAUGAAGUUGCUAGGAUGCAAAGAAAAUCAAUACGAGGUGUGAAGAGUAUCUCGCUCUCAGACUCUGCAAGAGUUUUCAGCAGAUAAUGACGUUGUUGUUUAGUUAUCAGUUAACAUCCUGAGCUGAAUUACCUGACCCUGAAUUUCGAAUAUAAGGGUUGUGGAUCCAUCCAUUAGCAUGAUGAGUUGCUUUCCUUCUGGGAAGUCGAAGGUGAAAGCUAAAGGACAAGUAGAUGACAUAUUCUUAACAAUUGAAAGCGAUGAAAUAUACAUAAUUACUUUUAUUUAACUUGUGUUGGCUUCUGUUCUCUCAUA